CGUGAGCUGGCAACACCGCCGGGAUACCGACAAAGGUGGAGGUGGGCCUUAUUCCUUGUAUAUUUUGUAUACUUUGUAUACCAUCGUUCAGAUAACCAGCUAUUGAGUUGGGGGUUUUCACGAAUUUCUGAGUUCGGGAUAUGAUUUCGCACUGGUUUUCGUAUUCGGUUGUUAUGUCUUGAACGCUGGACACUCUGCUCGCAAUAAAAUGAUAUCUCGAUAUGUGAUUUUAGUUACAUUUAGUACCUUAUUGUGUUUUUGUACCUGCGUGCUGAACUCAAACCUGGAAAUAAAUACCACCAAGGAAGCUAUAUCACCAUGCACUUCAAGACAGUUCAGAUGUGGAGAUAACAAGUGUAUACCAGUUUCCUUUGUGUGUGAUAAUGAAAAAGAUUGCCUUGACGGAUCUGAUGAAAACCCAAAAAUUUGUGUAGGAGGAUCUGCCGAGAAUAGAACGUGUAACGCAGAUGAAUUUAGGUGUACAAGUGGGAAAUGUAUUCCACAACGCUGGCAGUGUGAUAAUGAAAAAGACUGCAGCGAUGGAAGUGAUGAAGAUCCACAGUCAUGUCAAAAGAAAACGUGUAGUCUAGAUGAAUUCACGUGUAGAUCCAAGGAAGGUGAAUGCGUUCCACUUACUUGGAUGUGCGAUGAUAACCAAGAUUGCUCAGAUGGUUCCGAUGAAAAAUCAUGUAAUGAGACGUGUAGGUCGGACGAAUUUACGUGUAAAAAUGGCAAAUGCAUUCAACUCAGGUGGGUGUGUGAUUCCGAUAACGACUGCGUUGAUAACUCAGAUGAAGAGAAUUGUCCUGUCAACGAUUGCCCGCCUGAGUUCCAAUGCAAGGAUAAAUUCUGCUUUCCAAAGAAGUGGAGGUGCGACGGAGAGUAUGAUUGUAGCGAUGGGAAAGAUGAACAGGGAUGUCCAAAAACAAACCCCAAGCUAUCCUUCUGCCUCAGUAACGAGUAUGAAUGUGCAGAUAGAUUUACAUGCAUUCACAAGAACUGGCUUUGUGAUGGUAGCAAGGAUUGUCCCGAUGGGUCGGAUGAAUCUCUGGAAAACUGCCAAAACAUCACAUGCAGGGUAGAUCAGUUCCAGUGUAAAGAUCGUUCCUGUAUUCCUGGCCAUUUGCAUUGCUCUGGACAUCCUGAUUGUCCAGAUGGUAGUGAUGAAGAAGAAUGUGGAACACCAGUUCAAGAAUGUGACACCAAGACUCAGUUUGACUGCGGAGAUGGCCAGUGUAUACCUCUGUCACAAGUUUGUGAUGGCAAACAGCACUGUCCUAAUUUUGAAGAUGAGCCUUCAGAUAAAUGUGGAGUGAAUGAAUGUCACAAUAAUAAUGGAGGGUGCCAACACAAGUGUAUUGAUACGCCAGCUUCAUAUUAUUGUGAUUGUCAUCAGGGCUACAAGUUAGUCAAUCAUACUGCGUGCAAAGAUAUCGACGAAUGCGACAUACCCGGAAGCUGUUCUCAAAUCUGUAUCAAUGACAGAGGAGGCUACAAAUGCGAGUGUUAUCCUGGCUACAUGAGGGACCCCAGAAAUGUGACUAGAUGUAAAGCUAUUGAAGGUCAUGCGUCGCUCCUCUUUGCACGAAGAAGGGAAAUCAGGAAAAUUUCAUUAGACCAUCACGAAAUGACGAGUAUCGUCAAUGAGACCAACUCAGCCACGGCGCUGGACUUUGUCUUCAGGACAGGAAUGAUAUUUUGGAGUGACGUCACAGACAAAAAGAUAUACAAAGCACCGAUUGAUGAAGGCAACGAGCGUACAACUGUGAUCAGUGAUGACAUCACUACUUCUGACGGCCUAGCCGUCGACUGGAUCUACAAUCACAUUUACUGGACUGAUACAGGGAGAAAUACUAUCGAGUUGUCGAAUUUCGAUGGUAAAAUGAGGAUGGUGCUGAUCAAGGAUGAUGUUGAUGAGCCUAGAGCUAUUGCCUUGAACCCCAUGGAAGGAUGGAUGUUUUGGACUGACUGGGGCAUCAAUCCUAAGAUUGAAAGGGCGGGAAUGGACGGUUCUCACAGGCAAACCAUCGUAAAGUACGACGUGAAAUGGCCUAACGGUCUAACUCUGGACCUGGUAAAGAGACGGGUGUACUGGGUAGAUGCCAAACUAAACAGUAUUUCAUCCUGCGAUUAUAAUGGUAAAAAUAGAAGAGUGAUUCUGUACUCGCAAGAAAAUUUGAGGCAUCCUUUCUCCAUUACAACCUUUGAGGAUGGGGUUUACUGGACCGACUGGGAUAAGGGAGCUGUUUUCCGAGCUAACAAAUUCACUGGGGAAGACGUCAAGGCUAUCACUGCUACAGAAAUGGUUCAGAAUCCAAUGGUGAUCCACGUAUAUCACCCAUAUAGGCAACCUGAUGGUGAAAACUAUUGCCAGGCUGUGAAUGGACACUGUUCCCAUCUUUGUCUACCAGCACCACAGAUCAACAAGUAUUCACCUAAAAUAUCUUGCGCAUGCCCCAUGGGUCUAAAGAUGCACGAUAACGGACUAACAUGUAUUAUUGAUGAAAACGCGCCAACUACUACGACAAUUUCUGUGACAAACUCUGAACCAACAACUGUGAAUAUAGAUUUCACAUCAGAGACAGCAAAAAAUACGUCCCACGGAAGCACUCAGGCUGGUGACAAUUCUGACAGCGGAAUGAUUGCUGGAAUAGCAAUUAUUAUACUUGUAGCAGUUAUUGGCGUUGUUGGAGGGGUCAUCUACUUCGGUUACAAACACUUGAUGCACCGCAACAUGACUUCAAUGAACUUCGACAAUCCUGUGUACAGGAAAACUACAGAAGAUCAAUUCUCGCUCGAAAAGAAUCAGUUUUUACCGCAGGCUAAACCGUACUUAAGUACUGUCGGAGAGGAGGUAAGAGCACUAACUCUUGAUUAUAAUAUACCUUCAUCAAGAUAAUUUUCAUAGUGAAUGUUCUGACGUUAUUGGCUUAGUGUACAUUUUUUACUAAAUUAGAAACAUUGUAUGCUGUUUACUAAGGUUCAUCUUAUUAUCGGUCAUAAGAGUAAAGCUACUUUUGAACAGCCAUACUACUAUAUCUAACAAGGGCGGGCAAGGCAGCUUUUCCCUAGCUUGGCAAAAAUUAAAUGCAGAAAACAUUUUUUUACAGAAAUUAAAUUAUUCAUUCAUUGUUCUCCACAAGCUGCAUCAAUAUCUGUUAGAUGAGAAAUUACUGGGAUUAGUUAAAAUCUAUGUUGAAUAUGAACUUAAUUUUUUGAAAAGCACUAUAUAUGUUGCUUGUUUCAAAUUCGAACCUCGCCUCUGGGAUCUCGGAAACAGUAAAACAAAUGUCAUUUGUAGUAUUUACUGUGGUCCGUACCAUCAGUGGAUUUCUGCCUAACACUAUGAAUCAAUAAUUACUAACGUUCAGGCUAGAGAUCAAUGCAUAUCACAUCUCAUGAUAAAUAUAUUGACGGAUCACUUUAAAUACUGAUCUUGUGACAUUCACCUAAACAACGCGCAGUACUUUAUGGGGCCAAGUUGCUUAGGCAAAUAAAAAAUGGAACUUGGACAGUUUGGAAAAUCAAAAUAUUUCCGAAUUUACUGGUUUCAUUUUUAGUCAAAAGCAAAACUUUUCAAACAUUCACAUUGCCUACCAAUUUCAAACUAACUACACAAUAACAACCACUUUUUCUCUUCUACACGGUGGUAUAAUUAAAAUUUCGAUCUGACGUUUCAGAUCUGUCUUCUAAAAUUAUACCGUUUUCGAUGUGUUCCUUAUUACCCUUAAAUGGAGUUGUUCCUCAUUCGAUGAACUUAAACCAACUAUAUGAAGGUAGGCACUUUAAGUUUUAUAUCAAUGCGUAACAUGUUAUCAUCUUUGAUAUUCUAUUAAAUGAAUGACUAUAUGAUAAUUUCAAGGCUUACUCAGGAAGCAUUUUUUUUUAUAAAAAUGUAUGACAUGUUGUAAUAUUUGAAAUCAGAAUUAAAAGCUAUUCGCCUAUAAAAAAAUGACAACAAUAAUCAAAGUUGAGACCGGGGUUAAGAGACGAAAUAUCAUAUUAAGGUUCUAUUUAUGCCACCUUGCAGAGAUCAAAAAGUGUAAUGUGCAAUUUAUUUUGAAAUCCUAUCUUAAAUAAAUUUGAAACAAAUUAGAAAUGAUUUUAACAAAAUUUGUUCCGUAUUUUGUGUUUCUCUGGAGAUACUGGAAGCGUCAAAACUUUUCAAAUGCUUUUUUUUUAAAUAUACAAAUACGCAACUUUGCCACCAUUCAACCGACCCGCAUUUCCUACCGGUUCGGAAAUCACACUGGUGAAACUAUGACAAAUUUGUUUUUCAAAUCAUUCGAGAACAAACCAGAUACAUAUCCUUUUUUUUUUUCUCGAAAAUUCAACACCGCUAAAAAUUUUAGUCAUUGUGGACAUAAGUUUAUACAAACCUUUCGUCAUAAAAUUAUUUGAGGAAUCAUAUCCUGAAGUACUAGCGCACCCUGUAUUGUUAUGGUUGCGAAGGUAGCUAAACUUUUUGAACACCAUGUAUGUGGGUUUAUGGAACUGCAUGUGAUCUACUAACCCGCUGACGUGCUCAUCUAAUAAAAUGUUCACCAUUCGAGUACCAUAUUUAAUACUAUGUUAGAUGAGCAUGUUGAAAUAUAUUUUGCAUUAUAGUCAUUAGAAAUUUGGAAAAGCAGUAUUAAUAACGCUCAAUUUUUUUAAUGGUUAGCUAAAAAAUGACUGUACGUGAUUUAUUUUUAAUAGUAAAAAUAAAGUGUAUGAAUAUUCUUUGAUGUUGAAAGGAAAUAGAUAAAUGUGAUUAAGUUGAGAUCAUUGCACCAUCAAGUAGUCUAAAAAGAGCUCAAUCUUGAUAAUUCUUCAUGAUAUAUAUUAUUUCUUAAAAUAUUUAUACGGACAUCCUGUUGGAAUCCUGUUUGUCUUUUAAAUUUAAACGAAAGGAAUAUGUAACACUUACUAAAAUUUGGACGAAUUUUGUAGAAACCUGCUUGAGACUGCAGUGAUCUAUUCCGCCAGUUAGAGAAGCGUUAUAUACAUGAACGUAACUUUUCAUUUACAUAUGAUUAAAAAACUUCACAAACACGCAUGUCCAUUAUUUAGCUUUAUAUUGGAUUGCGAUAUUUUUCUAAUCAAUUUAUAUAAUAUGCUGUGCCAAAAACAAAUUAGCUUAAACUUUUAACUAACAUACUCUUAACAAUGCAUUGUUCUGCACCUACUAUAUGGAUUUCUACUAGCAUUUUUCUUUUUUUUUUCGGAGGAGAGUGUAGAUUCAUUUUGAAAGAUGUAGCUGCUUAUAUUUAAAAUCACUGUAGACCAUAGUUGAUUAAUCUGGCGAUACUCCAACAACAACUAUUGAGAGUCUAAAGCAGUGUGGUAAAUCCAUAUUGUUAUCAGUUCAUUCUGUCAUACGUCGUAUAGAGUUACUAUCAUUGAGGCUGGAAUUAUUUUUUUUUAUUUUUUCCUUUUCUGUUAUUUUGUUUUUUAUUUUACAGGCGCAAGAACCUUUGACAAAUGGGAACAAUGCGGUCUAAGAUAUUUUGUUUAAUCGAAUUAGGUUAAAUCAAUUUUUCGUCUAAUUCAUCUGUUAUGGGACAUGAUCAAAUAGUACUUACUCAUUGUUACACAGAUUUAAAAAAUGGUUGAAGUUGAAAAUUCGCAGCUUUAAAAUGUUUUCCAAAGGUUGGAUGUAUAAAUUUUAUUUUAGUGUAUUUAUUUGUCUAUUUGUAAAGUAGUUGUAAGGCUGAGAGGUAUACCACGUCAUAUUGACGUAUUGUCAGAAUAAAACAUGGAAAAGCUCAACGUACUUGAAGAGUUGGCAUCGAUAUAGGUACAAACAACCAGGACUUUUUUGUAUAUUCAGAUUGAAUGGUUGUACUCUCCUUCAAACCCUUGUACUAUUCUUGAUGAUAUGCCAUUUUAUGUGAUUUUAGUUUAAAUUAGAUAAUUUUUGAUUGUAUUUUUAGAUGUAUAUAGAUUUGUUUUUUUAUCUUUUUUGCCACUUAUUUUGGCCCGAACAAUUUAAUGGAAUCAUUCAUUUUUUGUGCAAAUGCCCAAGCAGUAUCAACCGGAAAAUUCUAAAAAUUUCAAAGUCAUCAUCACAAUAAGUUUCAGUGUUGCUGGAGUGACAAAACCUUCAAAGGAUUUUUGAACCAAAAAUACGAUAUUUUCAAACAGUAAAAUGAAAAUAUGGCUUCAGAUAUCCUGAAACCCGUCCACUUUAUAAUGAAAAUCGAUUUUGAAUGCCUAUUUUUGAAUUUAAAUGUAUCUAAUUUUCUUAGCGGUUGAUGCUGCCUGUUUGGAAUCGAUUAGAUGUGACACCCUGUGAUUAUUUAUAUUGUAAUAUAUUAAAGUUUCUCUACUAUUCGGAAUAUUGCCAUGUGUAUAGAAUGCAAUGUAUUUCUGUUCACAUUUAUGGAUUAUUUAGCAAUUUACAUCACUUUGUAAAAAAGAUACUGGUAUUUGAAAUUUACAGAAAAAAUCAAAUAAAAAGC